GGGGGAGAGGAUGGGAAGCUCUCAGAAAACCCUUGUUGAUUUGAACUGAAAUGACAUUAAGCCUUCGUGGAAGUGAGAGGGAUAGGGUGAACCGGCCAGGAAUACAGACAAUCUGCCCGUUUUUUGCUGGCGUCCACGUCCUCUUUUUGGUCCCUAAGGGCAAGCGCCCGUAACAAAUAUGGCGGCGGCAUCCUCGGGCGCGAGCACCUGCCGAAGCAGCGGCCCCGGAGCCAAGCGGAGCCAAUCGCUGGGCAGGAGCGGAAGAAGAGGCUGGAGAAGCUGCUGGAGGCCUGCGCGCAGGCGCACUGGCUGGCACCUGGCUCCGGGCAGCCGCGGGAUUAGGCUUCGCCUGCCACAAUUUCGGGACAAGGAUGGCCAGACUGCCCGUGGCCAUGAGCGCUCCUCAGUACUCCUGGGGCUGAGGCUGGGCUGGCCGCCAUGGGGCUGGGUGGGCCCUGGGCCUGGCUGCUGGGCCUGCCCACGGCCAUGGUCUAUGGCUCCCUGGCCCUCUUCAUCUCUGUCCUGCACAACGUGUUCCUGCUUUACUACGUGGACACCUUUGUCUCAGUGUACAAGAUCAACAAAGCUGCCUUCUGGGUCGGAGAGACGGUGUUUCUCCUCUGGAACAGCCUCAAUGACCCCCUCUUCGGCUGGCUGAGUGACCGUCAGUUCCUCAGCUCCCAACCCCGGUCAGGCGCCAGGCUCUCCUCGAGGGCCGUGGUGCUGGCACGGGUGCGGGCACUGGGCUGGCAUGGGCCGCUGCUGGCACUGUCGUUCCUGGCGUUCUGGGUGCCCUGGGCCCCGGCUGGCCUGCAGUUCUUGCUGUGCCUGUGCCUCUACGAUGGCUUCCUGACGCUCGUGGACCUGCACCAUCAUGCCUUGCUGGCCGACCUGGCCCUCUCAGCCCACGACCGCACCCACCUCAACUUCUACUGCUCCCUCUUCAGUGCGGCUGGCUCCCUGUCUGUCUUUGCCUCCUACGCCUUCUGGAACAAAGAAGACUUCUCUUCCUUCCGCGCCUUCUGCCUGGCACUGGCCGCUGGCUCUGGGCUGGGCUUUGUGGGGGCCACACGGCUGCUGAGGUGGCGGGUGGAGGCGGCCCGCAGGGAGCCGGGGUGCCCAGCCCUGGCUGUGGAUGGCGGCCUGUGUGAAGAAGAGCUGCUUCUGGGCGGCGAGGAGGCGGGCAGCAUCACCUUGGGCCAGUACCUCCGGCAGCUGGCCCGCCACCGGAACUUCCUGUGGUUCGUGGGCAUGGACCUGGUGCAGGUCUUUCACUGCCACUUCAACAGCAACUUCUUCCCCCUCUUCCUGGAGCAUCUGUUGUCAGACCACAUCUCCCUCUCCACAGGCUCCUUCCUGUUGGGCAUCUCCUAUGUCGCUCCCCAUCUCAACAAUCUCUACUUCCUGCCCCUGUGCCGGCGCUGGGGCGUCUACGCUGUGGUGCGCGGGCUCUUCCUGCUCAAGCUGGGCCUGAGCCUGCUCAUGCUGUUGGCUGGCCCCGACCGCCCCGGCCUGCUCUGCCUCUUCAUUGCCAGCAACCGUGUCUUCACUGAGGGCACCUGUAAGCUGUUGACCUUGGUGGUCACUGACCUGGUGGACGAGGACCUGGUGCUGAACCACCGCAAGCAGGCGGCCUCAGCGCUUCUCUUUGGCAUGGUGGCCUUGGUGACCAAGCCAGGCCAGACCUUCGCCCCGCUGCUGGGCACCUGGCUGCUGUGCUUCUACACAGGUCAUGAUCUCUUCCAGCAGCCGGCACUGACGCCUGUGGGGAGUGCCCAGCCCUGGCCAGAGCCCCCGGCUCCACCCCCACCACAGGCCCCGACGCUCCGCCAGGGCUGCUUCUACCUGCUGGUGCUGGUGCCCAUCACCUGUGCUCUGCUACAGCUGUUCACCUGGUCCCAGUUCACGCUGUAUGGGAGACGCCUGCACGCGGUCAAAGCCCAGCGUCAGAACCUGUCACGGGCCCAAACCCUGGACGUUAAGACGGUGUGAGGGGAGCGGCAAGGCCACCCUGCUGAGGACACUACCUGCAGCCCUGGGCGGCCAGCCCAGUGUCCUGCUCUAUCGCCUUCCUGGGGUGCAGCCUGGAGGACAGAUGGCGGAGUGGGAGCUCCUGGGGCUGCGCGGGGAGCGUCACUGAGGUCUAAGUUCCUGCUUGGCUGUUGGGCCCAGCUUGGGCAAGGGUUGGGGCGUUUGUGCUCAGGGACAUGCUUCCUCCUAUGCGGCAGGAGGAAGAAGAGGACCACGAAGGGAGGGGGCCCGCCCUGUGGUCACGUGGGGUUGCUGUGGGCACAGAGGCCUAUCCCCCUACCUGGCUGGGGCUGGUGCCCUAUGUGGGCCCGGAAACCACUUUGGCCCAGUCAGAGGAAGCUGACUGAGUCCCACCUGCCCCUUGCGGUGGCUUCUCUCAGAACUCUCUGCCUCAGCUGUGCCUGGAGUAGCACGCCCUAGCUGCUGCAGGGCGCCCGCGCCCCCAGCUGGCCUCUCAGCGAGGUUCAUUUCAUCACAGACUGAUCGAAGUCGGUCAUUUCUAUUCCCACUCCCGAGGUCUGUGCUGUGUGUGGGAGUGGUGGGUUGGGGAACAGGAUUCCUUACUUAAUAAGAGCAGCCUGAGAGCAUUUUCAGAGAUGGGUGGGGGGGCCACCCACAUCAGAGUCACUGAGGUAGCAGGGAGAGCCUGCAGGCCCGUGGCUGCAUGGGCCCUUGGGAGCAAAACAGCUUUCAGGCCUGCGGUCGUAGCCCCAGUGCGUUUCCCAUGUACCACUGCUGGACAUGGUGGGCAAGGAGGAGUGGCCACUUCUAGGCUAGGGGUCCUUUACCUUGGAGUCGCUGGGGAGCUUGCAAAGAUGCUGGUGUCUGAGUUGUUCCCCAAGAUUCUGAUUUCAUGGGUCUGGGUACCGCCUGGCACUGGCGUUUUGGAAAGCUCUGUGGUGAUUUUACCGUGCAGCUGGGACUGAGAACCUCUGCUUGAGGUCAGCGUCUCAGCCUCGGCACUACAGACAUUUGGGGCUGGGUUGUUCUUUGUUGUGGAUGUUUAGCAGCAUCCCUGGCCUCUGCCUACUAGAUGUCAGCAGCAUCUCCCUCCAGUUGUGACGACCAAACAUGUCCAGGCAUUGCCAGGUGUGUCCUAAGGGGCGAAACUGACUUUGAUUGGGAACCACUGUUCUAGGCCAAUGGUUAUUUGAGGGUGUGCACAGCGGUUAAGAAUGUAGGCCCUAGGGCUAUAUUGCCUGGGUUCAAAUUCUAGCUAACAAAGGGCAGAGCUCUGGUAAAUUAUAUAACCUCUCUGUGGCUCUAUUUCAUUAUCUGUAAAGGGAAUAACAAACAUACUUACACUUUGUACGGUUGGUUGUUGGGAGAAUCAAAUGGAUUAACAUUUGUAAAGUGCCUGGAAAACCGCUCCCCCCCCCACCCCCUCCCCGCAAAGUAUACAGGUUUAAAAUGGAGAACUGAUUAAUCAGAAUAUCUGCACGUGGGCCCCAGGAACUGUAUUUUAAUAGGCUUCUGACUUCAGAGAUGUGAAGAGCUGGCCCCCUCAUUUGGGGUGGAGUCUCAUCCAUGGGCUUGGGCAUGUGCACAGGCCUGGGACCCUCAUUCCUGACCUGGUCUUCGUUGUGAACACCAUCUUCUCUGCAUCCACCUGACAGGCUGGGGCUUGGGCUAAGGUCAGGCCAAGUCUGGCUGGUGCAACAGUGCCCUCUAGAGGACAGACUAGGCCCAGUCGCAGCCUCAGAUUCCAGGCCCACAGCUCCUCCCUCCUCCCACCCUGCACUGGCUACAGACAGAGGCCCAGCUGAUGUGUCUAUUGGAACGAGUUUAUUUAAGUACACUGGGCCCCACCAGGCAACGUGGUUUGUGCGAGGCUGUGCGAGGGACAGGCUUGGGCUAAGGGGGGGGAGGUGAGCUGGUUAAGCACACUGCAGUCUGUGGGUCGCCACAUCGCUUUCACACACACCUGCUGCUGCGGCCCACACCUGGCAGGGCCUUUGGUCGUUGGACGGCAUGGGGGAGAAUACUGCCUGGAAUCUGGGAUCAGGGCAGGUCUUGGUGUCACAGGUGAGGGUGCCAGUGAAUAUCUGCUAGCCCCAGCUUUGCACCGUCUGGCCUGAAGAGACUUGGGACCACUGCCAGGCCAGCCCAGUCCAGGUUAGGCACGUGGCCCCACUGGACCAGAGGAGGUGAGCCUGAGCCCAUCAGCUCCUGGCACUCUUGUCUGGCCCCUCCCUAACCAAACAAGUACAAAGACAAGAAUGGCACAAAUCAGCCCAGAGGGGGCCAUCUCGCCUCUACAACCUAGUCCCCCCUGGGUCAGCUAGCGUGGGAAAAGGCAACUUAAUUGCAGCUCUUUCUCCAGUCCUAAGGAGGCUGGAUCCCCAACACCCCUCCUUUGCUAGCAGCCUCCUGUUUCAGAAAAUCCAACCAGCAACCAGCCUGUUGAUUCCAGGCCGGUGAGCAAGUGGAAGAGGGAGAAAGAAAGAGGCUGGAGUGACUUUGAGUGUAGCCUCUGAUCCCAAACGGUCCUGAGGCCUAUGGAUACUGUCAGUUCACCGUUAGCAGGGAGUGGCGGGGCCCUGGACGCUACGCUAAGCUUAGGUGCUGUAAACGUUAGUGUGAACAGGGUGACUGGCGGGCAGGAGGCAGUGAGCUCCCUCGCUCCAGUUCCUGUACUGAACAAACACUUCAAUAAAUAAAACUGAAGAUGGCUUUGCCCAUGGAUGGAUGGAAAGCAAGGGCCUGGGACCAACAGGCUCCUGAAACUCUCCCAAGAUCCCCGGGUGGGGGUUGGGGGUUAGAGCGUUAACUCUGCCACCAAUCAGAAGUAGCACUACUCCUGCCCUCCUCAAAUGCCCAGUGUGGUCCUGGUCUCCAGGUGAAGCUGAGGGCAUCCUGCCCCCUCCUGAUACCGAAGUCUCAGUAACCACUCCUGGAGUGCUCUUCCAGCUUUCUAAACCCAAACUGCAACAAAACCAGACAGAACUCAACCCUGGCCCUCAGUCCGUGAUCAAGAGGCAUUGAGAGCAGAAUGAUGAGCAAGGGGAGGCAGCAGCUGCCUUGGGCCGCAGGGCACCCUGGGUGGGGUAGGGGUGGGGCUGGCCCAGCCUAGGAUGGGCAGCAGCAAGGUCUCCCGGGGGUUGGGUUUACCUCCCUCUCUGUCUCCCUAUGGUAGUAAACAUAGUCCCACACAGCCAGCCAAAGACCCCGCUGACGGAUCAGGGCCCUCUGCCAGCACUCUUCCCUGUCAGGGGCCAGUUAGUGGUCAACCCCAGGUCUCAGGCCGUCACCAUCGUGGGUAGUUCAUCGUCCUUUCUGGGCCCCAGGAUCCCUGGGAUCCCCGGGCCACACGGCACUCGCAUAUGCGCACACACUCGUACCCACACACCCACACACACACUCAUACACACAGGCAAUUCCUCGCAAACACUCCGACUCAAGAAA